AUGGCGGAUGAAAUAGUCGUACAACACAUGACCCAACAGCUAGUUGCAGGCACUGGCUCUUCCUUUUGCUAUCCAGAUUCACUUGAUCCAGCUGGAAUUGUCCGAGAUGAUGCUGGCGAACAGUCAAGAGAGUCGGAACGAUUUAUUACUCAAACUUCUGGCGGGCAUGAUCGCCUUUUCAGCGCCCGCACCUUCCUUAAGAGGCGUCCCACUUCAGAAAGACUCAAGGUAAACUGCUAUAUAUUACAUCUGUUUUUAUCUCUUCUUUUACUUGGUCAUGUUACACAUUUUUCUUGUAUACUUAGACGGCUAUUUAUUUUUUUAGUAUAUCAAAUCUAA